AUGGCCGUCCCGGGAAAAAAGCGGAAGAGAGACGGCGUCACUGGUGGAGACGCAAAGUCCAAGAAGAAGAAGGUGACGAUCAAGGAGCCUUCAGAAAAGUCUCGUGCCAAGACAGCAAAGACCAUCGAGGUGACAAGCAUCAUACAGCCACAGUUCUCAGCUCCGGUAAUAGGACUGGUCGUUCCCGAUGCGAUCGAGUUCGACAGCUUUGCCCAGACGAGCAAGUCUGCCAAAUCUUUGUCCAAACGGUCUCGGCCGGCAAAGCCGUCGGCAGAGCUGCUCCUGCAUUCAUCCAGCCACCACACAGUCAACUACACCGGCAAAGAAGACAAAGCACCGGGGAGCGGCGCGGCCCUGCGACACUACAUUGGCGUGCUCGACCCGGCCACGGGACAGCUGCAGGUGAUGGAGGCGAAGAAGAUGGUGAUCCGGGGAAGCGUACGUGCUCGCGAGGCGUCGGAAGAUGCGAUGCGCGGCGUGUCGGUCAAGAGCACGAUGAUGGACCUGCGCAACGACCUGGGCCAGACGUUUGGCACGAAGAAAGCCAAGAAGGCGAUCCAGGCACUGACGGAGAACGCGAUCUCGACACGGAAGCGGCGGGAGGACGGGACGUUUGAGGCGGUGGCGAUGGGCGCGGCCGACCGGGCGCAGCUGCAGUCGAUGCAGGCGGCAACGGCAGCCAUGUCGACGCGGGACGAGCUGCGCGAGACGGUGGACCGGGCGAAGCCGAUCCCGCGGGGCAACUUUGAGGCGCAGGAGAUCCAGGACGUGUAUGUGGCGAGCGAGAUGAUCGGGGCAGACACGCUGGCGACGGUGCCGGUGCGCGACUGGCAGGAGGCGGUGCGAGCAGGCGAAGACAUCCAGCUGUACUCGCGCUUUGUGGCGCAGCGGGUCAACCAGGUGGCCGCGCGGGCCGACGGGCUGGAACAGCUGCGCCUGCUGCGCUACCUCUACUGGGUCAUCCUGUACUGGCAGGCAGCGCGGCCGGGACGUGAGCGCGGCACUAAGCGACAGCCACCGCGCGAGAAGCUGCGCGAGAUGAUGGACGGUGCGCCUGAGGCGAUUGUCGAGCACAUCCGGCAGCGAUUCUCGGACGGCGGGACGAUCCGCAAGUUCCAGGCCGACCUGCUGAUCACGCACUGCUGCGCCUUUGCCUGCAUCAUCGAUGGCUUCGAGGUCAACACGUACGACCUGCGCGAGGACCUCAAGCUGGAGCAGCAGCAGAUUGCCCAGUACUUUAGCGAGAUUGGCGCCCGCAACAAGAUUGUCAAGACGGACGAGGCCGUCAGCCACGUGGCCAAGCUGGCCCUGCCGCUGCAGUUUCCCAACAACAUGCGGAUGCGGCGGCGGCGAUGA